AUGGGCCUCGUUCAGCGGGUCACAAAAUGGUUGCCCUCCACGCCGAGUCUGCCCCUAGAUGACUCUUCGCGCGAAAAGGGCCGCAACCUCUCCAGAUUCGCCUUCUUCAGACGGAGAAUUCGGCUAAAGGGCAAUUCCUCGAUCUCAAUACCCCUGGGAUUUGUUUUAUUAUUUCCAUGUCUUGUAAUAGUUCUUAUCCUACUCCUUUUUGUUCGACAUCCUUCGUCUCCUGGGGGUAUCCUGAUUCCCGCGGGCACUCCGCCUUCGAUCAGAAAAAUCAGUGAGAAGUAUGAUAAGGUCUUUGCUACCGGCUGCCUUCCCGUAGAAGAGCAGGACUCCCCUCGCGCAAACGCCGCUUUUGUCGUCCUCGCCAGAAACAAGGAACUAGAUGGAGUUGUACAAUCUCUCAAGUCGAUUGAGAGACACUUCAACCGCUGGUUCCACUAUCCUUAUGUGUUCCUGAACGAUGGCGACUUCGACGAUGAUUUCAAGGCCACCGUCAAGAACUAUACGAGCGCCCCUGUGGAAUUCGGAAAGAUCGAUGACUCUAUGUGGGGAUACCCCGACUGGGUCGACCACGAGGUUGCCAAAGAAGGUGUCAGGAAACAGGGUGACGCUGCCAUCAUGUACGGUGGAAUGGAGAGUUACCACCACAUGUGCCGCUUCUACUCCGGACAUUUCUACAAGCACCCCCUUCUCAUGAAGUACGAGUGGUACUGGCGUCUUGAGCCCGAGAUUAAGUACUUCUGUGACAUCACCUAUGACCCCUUCGUCAAAAUGGCCGAAAACAACAAAACGUAUGGCUUCACUAUCGCCGUCAAAGAGCUUCGCGAGACCGUCCCGAACAUUUUCCGCUAUGCUUCCGCCUACAAACGCAAGAACAACAUGGACUCGAAAGGUCUCUGGGAGAUGUUCCUCGAGAAACCGGAGGAAGAAGAACAGAAGCCAGAGGAAGUCAAGCAAGAAAAGCUUCCUGAGGAGAUUCUUUUGAACGAACCCGGCGAAAACACUGUCCCCGACAUUGAUCCUGAAGCCAUGGAAGGUGAAAAGUACAAUAUGUGCCAUUUCUGGAGUAACUUCGAGAUUGCGCGCCUGGACUUCUUCCGUAGCAAGGAAUAUGAGGAAUUCUUCGACAUGAUGGACAAGAGUGGUGGUUUCUGGAUGGAGAGAUGGGGUGAUGCGCCGAUCCAUUCGCUGGCCGCCGGUAUCCUCUUGGGCCCUGGCGACAUCCAUUACUUUCGUGACUUUGGCUACCGCCACACCACCAUCCAGCACUGUCCUGCGAAUGCCCCCGCCCGUCAACUUCCCCGAAUUCCUUACCUGGAGAUGACGACCGAUGACGAAAAGGCGCGCUUCGAGGAGGACGACUACUGGGCCAACCCGGACCCCGUCAAGGAGAAUGGCGUCGGCUGCCGCUGCAGGUGCGACACCGACAUUGUGGAUGUCGAGGGCAAGCAGGGCAGUUGUCUCGCUGAAUGGGUAGACGUUGCUGGAGGGUGGGCAUCUCCUUAGACUCUGAUUCUUGCCCCUUAAUGUUCGCUGUAUAAUCUUCGCCUCCUCGUUUUCGUACCUACUUGUUCGACUAUGAGCAUUAUUCGGGUCGCCCUUGGAGUUAUUUGCUUGAGAGCCUGCAUGUUACGUUGGCUGUGGGUUUCUGGACGGCGUUGCACGGAUCUGACGGCUUCUUUCCAUGGAAGACGGUGUGACCAUUCUCAUCAAUCUUGACAAAUUCAUCUAGCGUGA